UUUGUUGAUAUAUACUUUACAAUAUGUUUUUUAAUAUAUUAAUUGUGAUUAUAACUAUACUUGUGGUCAGCUAUUUAUAUUUGACACGUAAUUUCAAAUUUUGGACCUCCCGUGGUGUUCCCGGACCUAAACCCGUACCAAUUUUCGGUACAUUUUAUAAAAACUUUUUUAAAUCCAUGCAAGAGGUUUCCAUUGAUAAUGUCAAACAAUACGGCAAAAUCUAUGGCGAUUUUUUCGGAACAAUUCCAAUGCUGUCUAUAGCUGAUCCUAAACUGAUUAAAGAUAUAAUGAUUAAAGAUUUCAAUAUAUUUGUCGAUAGAGAUGACCUAAUAUCUGGUGAUCAGCUUAACGAUAGAUCACUGUUUAAUCUUAAAGGAAAUGAAUGGAAAAAUAUGCGAUCAAUUAUAAGUCCGACAUUUUCGUCGGGAAAAAUGCGUGCAAUGCAUCAUAUGAUGGCUGAUUGUAUUCAUCGAUUGGAUCAAUACAUUGAAACGAAAUUACAAAACAAAGACAUCGAUGAAAUUGAAUUGAAAAAAGUGAUGUCCAAUCUGACUAUGGAUGUGAUCGCUUCGUGCGCUUUCGGUACUAAAGUCGAUACCUAUGGUCAACAAAGAAGCGAUUUUCUAAUUAAUGCCCAAAAAGUGGUUAACUUAGACUUAAGAUUUUGGAUUUCAUUUCUAAUUUUAACAAUUAGUCCCAAACUGUUUAAGUUGGCUGGCCUUAAGCUGACUGAUCCAAAUGUGGCCAAAUUUUUCAAUAAAGCUAUCCGAUCGAUAGUCAGUCGCCGAAAGACUGAAAGUAUUAAAAGUAAAGACUAUUUGCAACUGAUUUUGGACGCACAGAAUAAAUCACUGGACACAAAUGACGACAAAGAUAUCGGUGGUGACAAUAGUGAAGAGAUUUAUGGAUCAAUUGGUGAUAAACACGCGCCGUCCGACAAAAUUGAUAUCACUGAUGAUGAUGUGUUGGCUACAAGUUUUUUGUUUUUCGUUGCCGGCUAUGAAACUACCGGAUCGCUGAUGACAUUAUUGUUAUACAAUUUGGCGAUGAAUGACGACUGUCAACAAAAACUGUACGAAGAAAUCAAACAAUUUGAUGGCAACUAUACCUAUGAGUCCAUCUCAAAGAUGACAUAUCUUGAGGCGUGUAUUGCAGAAACUCUUGGUUUAUAUAAUCCGUUGGUUACUGUCGAAAGAAUUUCAACUAAAGAUUAUACAUUAGGCGAUACCGGCAUAACUAUACCAAAAGGUACACUUGUUAGCGCUAACAUCCAAUAUAUACAUCACAAUCCCGACUACUAUCCCGAACCCGAUCGUUGGAAUCCCGAACGGUUUAUGCCCUACAAUCGGGAUAAGUUAGUUCCCUAUACUUAUAUGCCGUUUGGUUUGGGUCCCAGAAAUUGUGUGGGAAUGAGGUUUGCAUUGAUGGAAGCAAAGACAGCCACAGCCUAUUUGGUCAAUAAAUAUCAAUUUGUGCGGACAGACAACACUCCCGAUAAACUAAAACCACUGAAAAUGCAAUUUUUAUUAAAUUGCGGAGAAAUUAAAAUCGGAGUUAAAAAGAGAUAUAUGUUUCUGAAUAUAUUAAUUGCGAUCAUAAUUAUACUUGUGGUCAGCUAUUUAUAUCUGACAAGUAAUUUCAAAUUUUGGACCUCCCGUGGCGUUUCCGGACCCAAACCGAUACCAAUUUUUGGUACAUUUUAUAAAUACAUUACAAAAUCCCGUCAACAGGUGUGCAUCGAAAAUGUUAAACAAUACGGCAAAAUCUAUGGCGAUUACUUAGGAAAGUCUCCAAUACUGACUAUAGCUGAUCCUAAACUGAUUAAAGAUAUUAUGAUUAAAGAUUUCAAUAUAUUUGUCGAUAGAGAUAAAGUAAUAACUGAUGACAAACUUCACGAUAGAUCACUGUUUAAUCUUAAAGGAAAUGAAUGGAAAAAUAUGCGAUCAAUUAUAACUCCGACAUUUUCGUCGGGAAAAAUUCGUUCAAUGAAUAAUAUGAUGACUGAUUGUAUUCACCGAUUGGAUCAAUAUAUUGAAACUAAAUUAAAAAACAAAGACAUCGAUGAAAUUGAAUUGAAAAAAUUGAUGUCCAGUCUGACUAUGGAUGUGAUCGCUUCGUGCGCUUUCGGUACUAAAGUCGAUACCUAUGGUCAACAAAGUUGUGAUUUUCUAAUAAAUGCCCAAAAAGUGGUGAAAUUUGACUUAAGAUUUUUGUUUUCAAUUUUUUUGUUGAAUAUCAGUCCCAAACUGUUUAAGUUGAUUGGCCUUCAACUGAUUAAUCCAAAUGUGGCCACAUUUUUCAAAAAAGCUAUCCGAUCGAUAGUCAGUCGCCGAAAGACUGAAACUAUUAAAAGUAAAGACUAUUUGCAAUUGAUUUUGAACGCACAGAACAAAACACUGGACACCAGUUAUGACAAUGAUAUCGGUGGUGACAAUAGUGAAGAGAUUUAUGGAUCAACUGGUGAUAAACACGCGCCGACCGACAAGAUUGAUAUCACUGAUGAUGAUGUGUUGGCCACAAGUUUUUUGUUUUUCUUUGCCGGCUAUGAAACUACCGGAUCGCUGAUGACAUUAUUGUUAUACAAUUUGACGGUGAAUGACGAUUGUCAACAAAAAUUGUACGAAGAAAUCAAACAAUUUGAUGGCAACUAUACCUAUGAGUCCAUCUCAAAGAUGGUAUAUCUUGAGGCGUGUAUUGCAGAAACACUUCGUUUAUAUAAUCCGUUGGUUACUGUCGACAGAAUUUCAACUAAAGAUUAUUCAUUAGGCGAUACCGGUAUAACUAUACCAAAAGGAACGGUUGUUAGCGCUAACAUUCAAUAUAUACAUCACAAUCCCGAAUACUAUCCCGAACCCGAUCGUUGGAAUCCCGAACGGUUUAUGCCCUACAAUCGGGAUAAGUUAGUUCCCUAUACUUAUAUGCCGUUUGGUUUGGGUCCCAGAAAUUGUGUGGGAAUGAGGUUUGCAUUGAUGGAAGCAAAGACAGCCACAGCCUAUUUGGUCAAUAAAUAUCAAUUUGUGCGGACAGACAACACUCCCGAUAAACUAAAACCACUGAAAAUGCAAUUUUUAUUAAAUUGCGGAGAAAUUAAAAUCGGAGUUAAAAAGAGAUAG